CGGGGCGGCUGCGCGGCUCCUGAGGGGGCGGUUAUUUUGCGCCCCCCCCGCCUCGUCCUUCAGGGGCUGCUGAGGGGACCUGGUUCGCUAUGGAGGGGCCGCGUUGGCCGAGCGCUUUCCGCGGCGGAAGGGCCCCGCGGAAGAAGCGGUGUCUGUCCCCGCUGCCCGGGGCAGCCACUCUCCCGGGCGGGGCCAGCGCCUCCCAGCCGUGCCGGCGGCGCCUCUUCGGGAGCGCGGGCUCCCGGCGGCCGGAGCCCGGCUGCCUGAAGGGAAAGUCCAGUUUGAAAACCCUACCAAAAAUUAAAGAAAAUCUUGAAGUCACCAAAGUGACAGGCGACCAAAGGAAUCAAGUGAAUGUGAAAGAAACGACAAACUUGGAAAAAAAUGAAGAGAAAAUAGAAGAAAGCACUGUAUCGCUGAAGGAAUCCCUGGUAAUCAAGUCUGAAAGUAAGGAAAGUUUGAAAAAUGAUGAAAUGACUUCAAGUACAGGAAUGACUCUUCCCACAGGUGUUUCAACCUUUCUCCUAGAGUGUUUGGAUGUAGACUCCACUGCAGAUUAUAACGCAGGUGCUAGUGACAGUCUGAACAGUUGCCCAUCCCCUGAAACAUUCAGAGAUGAAGGUUCAGAAGAAAGAAGUAAUUUUUACUCUGAGGACUCUGGCAAGUACAAGAACUCUACUCUCCUGGACUCCAGCAAAGCAGUGACCAUAGACAAGAUACCACAGAUUUCAAAUCUUUCAGCAAUAUUAGAACCUGUACGGGAUGAUUUUCAAGAGCAAUACGCUAGAAGAAAGAGACCGUCAAAUUGCAGUUACAGUUCUUCAGCAUUAAGUGUUUCAACUACCCUGGCAGGAAAAAAAGUCUGUAAAAUUACAGCUGCAAGAGAGAGAACUCCAGACCUAAAAACUGGUAUGCGCUGUUCUUCACCGUUAGGACCGGAAAGAAAGCCUGACAAUCAAACUGCUAAACCCAAAAGGCUGAAGUGUGAGAAAAAAGAAAAAAAUUCUAAUACAUUAGGAGAAGGUACGUCGUCAUUCAGUCAGCGUGAUGCCCCAGGAAACGCUUUGGCCAAAUCAGUGGGGUUGACAGAAGUACUGCCAUCGAAACAGACAGAUGCUGUGGUGGAGAUGAGUUCGACCAUGCUGAUCGUGGAGGAAAAUAAAGCCCUAAAAAAUCCUGGUUAUGCUCAGCCUGCAAAGCUAAGUCCUCUGUGUGGCAGACGAGAAAUCUGCUCCAUUGUUAGAACUUCACCGGGCCAGAAGCCUCGGGGGCUUCACCGAAUUCCAGUUAACAAAAAAGCCUUCCGCCCUCCUGAAGGAGUGCCUGAAGAUCCUAUUACGAGUACUAAAAUUUGGAUCUGCUGUAAACACAGAUAAGACUUAAAGAUUUCAGCAGGAGUCCACAGAAGAAAUAACUGUCUUGCUACUGUGGCAAGGAGGUGAAACAGAAUUACUUGCCGGCAAUUAAUGACUGUAUCUUUUUUGGCAUAUACGUUGUUUGAAAUUUAGUGUAAUGCUUUGCAGUAAAUACUUUAUUCAAGUACUUAAUGUUAAGUUAUUUUGUACAAGCAACUAGAUCUGAUUCUGGAUGUUUUUCUGUAAAGAGUUCAUAUAGAUGAUUCUUCAGUUCAUCUAGAUUUUUAAAAAGUGUGAUUCAAGAACAGCAGACCAGAUUGUGUUAAUGGAAUUAUUUUUGGCUCUUGUAGUGCCAAGAUUUCUAGAUUUCCCUAGUAGCAUUAGCAUCUAAAGAUGUGACCUGUUCUUGGGUUAAGAAGUGUUAACACUGUUUAUAAAGGUAAACUGCAUGUCCUGGAAAUGGCUAUGUGAAGCAUUCAUGUAUUCUCAGCAACUCAGAAGUCAAUAGUACACUACCGUUAAACUACCCGAAUACUUGGGUCUGCAGAACUUUGGAGGUACGGGACUCUGUGUGUUCUGCUGUGAAUUGAUUUCUAAACAUGAAUAUAGGUUACCUUCACCCUACUGCAGGCUAGCUUUUUAUGAUCAGCACUGUCAGCACUCUGGACACGUCCCCUGCCCAGCUGCUGUCAUCUCGGGCUCCUUCCCAUUUCAUCUCACUUAUUUUAUAAUAUCACCUGUCUCAGUCAUUGUUUCUUCUAGUGGCAUCAGACUUGUGCAGAGGAAAUAGGUGCCUUACAUGAAUACAAGGGUGGAAAAAAACCCUUUUUUAUAGCUGAUCUGUUUCAAGAGCUGGAUAUUGACACUCUGGAUUUUCAGGUUACUGCUCAUGCUACAUGGCACAUAAAUUAGAUUCCCAGUGCUUAACAGUUCAGCUUGUGGAUUGUUAAUCUAUUAAUGUCGUUCUUCAGCAGCGUGAUGAAUGCCUCAGAAUACACUGACAAGAGCAAUUAUUCUCCAGUUGCAUUCACUGCAGUCUAAAGUAAUUUGGAUCCUGACUGUUCUCACUACAACACCCCCUACUCAGACUCUUUUGUAGACAUAAAGGAAGUUUUUUUAAUGUUUUAAAAUUAUAGUAUAGCUGUCCAAACCUCUUGAACUCUGAGUUUGUUUCUCAGUCUUAUAACCCAGAAUAUUCAUGCCCUGUAAAAUAGUUCUGUGUUUCCAAAAAGAGCAUGUCAAGAAGACACAUAAAAUCCAUAACUUCUAAUUAGUUUGACUACGUUUGAAAACGUCUGUGAAAGUUCAGACCCUGAGCCUUUUCCCAUUGCUCUGGGGUAGAAGGAAGUGCAAAUAAAUGCUGCUAGAUUGGUCUAUGAAUGAGUAUUGUAUAAACGUACUAUAUGGCUGAAGGUUAAAAAUGAUACAUUAAGUAAGUUAUUUUUCCUUUAAGCAUUAGUAGAAUGAGUUCUGCCAAUAACUCCUUGGAGUUCUCUUGGGUAUGCUUCUAAUUAUCAAUAUCCUUGUUCUUGCAAAUACUAAGCCACUGGUAAUUAUGCAAGAAUCUAAGCCCCUAGGAGACAGAGGUGAGCUCCUUCAUGUAGCUUUAAGCAAAAUAGGAAGUUGUAUAUCUAGUAAGUUGUGAUUGUGGUGAUCGUUCAAGUAAAGGAUGGUCCAGAAUGAGACAUGUUUAUUGUAAGGGUGUUCUAGGAGUCCUAGGAAAAAGCAUUUUGCCCCAAAACCCUUUUGUAGUUUCUAUACAAGGGACAGAGUAAUACUGACAAACUGAUUGGAGAGCACAAGAGAAGAAAAUAUGGCAUGUAACUGUGGAGUUGGCUGUAGCAGGCUGAAAACUGCCAAGUUUUGUUUUUCCUGAUGUGAUGAGGCUAUAUAGAAGGACAGAAAUAUCAUGAACCACAAUCUUUCUUGUCCUUCCCUUCAGUUACAAAAGUGCUGCUUCUUAUUUCCAUCUUUUGUCUGACUCUUGGAGAAAGUAUAAUUAAUUACCCGGCUAGCCUCUGCCCCAGGGAAGGAAAGGCCGCAACAAUGUCUACUCUUGUUCUGCUUUUCUCAAAGGGAAGGCAUUUUCCCAUGUUUUGGUUUUAAACUGAAGAAUGACUACAUAAAAUUUCAUUCAAAGUGGAAACUGUCUCUUCCGUGUUAGUGGAUAAAGGUUAUGGGUCGCAGCCAGUUAAUGGGUCGUGCAGAAGAGCUUAUUUGUGCAGUGAUUCAGGAGAGAAAUCUGUUCAGUGUCAAUAGGGCAGCGUCGGCACGUCCCAGACAUGAUGAAGUCUUAAUGGCUUGAAUGGAAUCGCUUACAGGGAGUCAGUCUGCGCAAGAGCCGUGAUAAUACUUUAUCACGAGGAAUUGUGCAUUGUAGAUGCAUGUUUAGUGAGUGUAUUAUACAUAAAUCUACAAGAGGUCUUUCAUUAACACUGCUCAGUUAUUUUUGUUAUCUGAAGUGUACUUCUAGGAGACUUUGACGCAAAGUGCUCAGAGACGAUGGAAGAUGUGUGAUUCCAGCAGCGGAGUUCUACAGGGGCUGGCUGUUGGAGGGUACAGACCUGGCAGGCGCAUGGUUCUGGUUUGGUUCAUAAUCUCUAAACACAGAAAGGAUGGGUUUGGGGCCCAAGGCAAUACGUGCUGAAUGGACACUUAAAUUGAAAUUCAUAUUCUUUGUGUAGGUACCAAGAUUUGUCUACAGGGAAGCUUUUACAGGAAAAUGGAUGAUGAAACUUGUAUUUAUCCCUUUUUCUCUUAGUGUCCAUCUUCCCCUCCCUUUAUUAAAGUAUGUCAGUCAAGCCUAUCGGAAUCACUUGCUAUUAAUUUAGGAGUUUUGGAACAGGUUAAUAUUUACUUCUCGAGGGACUCUAUCAGCUUGAAUUGUAAUGCAUUUGAGAUUAGCUAAACCUGCAAUGCUGCAAAUUGUGAAAACACUGAAAACUGAGUUGUAUAUCCUGGCCAAAAUUCUAUUAUUUCGUAGUGUUCCCUCAGGACUUUUUAUAUUUGAGACUGUAUUUACAUGCCUAUCUCGAAGGCAGGAGGCUUUCACGUGGUGAAAGGAUGCAAAGAUCAGCCAUCUGUAGGUCUGUGGCAGGCAUGUGUGUCUUCAUACAGAGCAAGGGGAAAAAGAUGCAUCUAAACAUUAAAUCCUGUUUUCUGUUAUACUUAUCUUCAACUUCUAGUGAAACCCAAAGCUCCUACAGAUGGCUGAUUGUGAGAAACAUUAUAUAGAUGCGUUAGACAUGUACUAAACCACGCCUUUUAAAAAUAAUCUGCUUAAUUUAAUCUUACAUCAUAUGCUGUUUUAGUUCAAUUCCAUUUUCUAGGGAGAGCAGAUGCGUCUGUUUUGUCAGUCCUUAAUUAAACUUUCUAGUAGUGUUCUAUCUGAGCAGCGAGACAUUGAAGGAGAUUUAACUGUACCCAGUGCUUCCAUUUCAUUUAA